AUGGAGCGAUCUGAGUCACAGCGACGUGGGGGCGAGCAAAGCUGGUGGGGCAGCGCCCCCCAGUACCAGUACCUGCCCACUGAACACCACACCAGCUACGGACUGCCCUCUGAGAACAGGGGCCUCCAGCGCAGGCUCCGGAAGGACGCAGACCCCCACCACAGCACCCACCCCACACAGAUUUAUGGCCAUCACAAAGAACAGUUCCCCCCCAAGGAGCAGGGCCUUGGGAUGUCCAAGAAGACGGGGUCCAGCUCCACCGUGGACAGCAAGGAUGAGGAUCACUAUUCCAAAUGUCAAGAUUGUGUCUGCCGUCUGGGACGAGUGGUGAGGAGAAAGCUGGGGGAGGACUGGAUCUUCCUGGUGCUCCUGGGACUGCUGAUGGCCCUGGUCAGCUGGAGCAUGGACUAUGUCAGUGCCAAGAGCCUUCAGGCCUACAAGUGGACCUACGCGCAGAUGCGGCCCAGCCUCCCACUGCAGUUCCUGGCCUGGGUCACCUUCCCGCUUAUUCUCAUCCUCUUCAGCGCCCUCUUCUGCCAGCUCAUCUCUCCCCAGGCUGUUGGCUCUGGGAUCCCAGAAAUGAAGACGAUACUCCGCGGGGUUGUCCUGAAGGAGUAUCUCACGCUCAAGGCCUUUGUGGCCAAGGUUGUCGCCCUCACUGCUGGGCUGGGCAGUGGAAUUCCUGUGGGAAAAGAGGGCCCUUUCGUGCACAUCGCCAGCAUCUGUGCUGCCGUCCUCAGCAAGUUCAUGUCCAUGUUCUGUGGAGUGUACGAGCAGCCAUACUAUUACACGGACAUCCUGACGGUGGGCUGUGCUGUGGGAGUCGGCUGUUGUUUUGGGACACCGCUUGGAGGAGUGCUGUUCAGCAUCGAGGUCACAUCCACCUACUUCGCAGUGAGGAACUACUGGCGAGGCUUCUUCGCAGCCACGUUCAGUGCCUUUGUGUUCCGUGUGCUCGCAGUGUGGAACAAGGAUGCUGUCACCAUCACUGCCCUGUUCAGAACCAAUUUCAGAAUGGAUUUCCCCUUUGACCUGAAGGAGCUCCCAGCCUUCGCUAUCAUCGGGAUCUGCUGUGGGUUUCUGGGUGCCGUGUUCGUGUACUUACAUCGCCAUGUCAUGCUUGGUGUCCGGAAGAACAAGGCCCUCAGCCAAUUCCUGGCGAAACACCGCCUGCUAUACCCUGGAAUUGUCACCUUUGUCAUCGCCUCACUCACCUUUCCACCAGGAAUGGGUCAAUUCAUGGCUGGAGAGCUGAUGCCCCGGGAAGCCAUCAGCACCCUGUUUGACAACAACACGUGGGUAAAACAUAUGGGUGACCCUGAAAGCUUGGGUCAGUCCGCGGUGUGGAUUCAUCCACAUGUCAACGUGGUCAUCGUCAUCUUCCUCUUCUUCAUCAUGAAGUUCUGGAUGUCCAUUGUGGCCACAACAAUGCCCAUACCCUGUGGAGGCUUCAUGCCUGUGUUUGUGCUAGGAGCUGCAUUUGGAAGGCUGGUAGGAGAGAUCACCGCCAUGUUGUUCCCUGAUGGUAUCCUGUUUGAUGGCAUCCUCUACAAGAUCCUACCUGGGGGCUAUGCAGUAAUUGGAGCAGCAGCACUGACUGGCGCCGUGUCCCACACAGUCUCCACAGCUGUGAUCUGCUUCGAACUGACGGGUCAGAUUGCUCAUAUCCUGCCCAUGAUGGUGGCUGUGAUCUUGGCCAACAUGGUGGCUCAGAGUCUGCAGCCCUCCCUCUAUGACAGCAUCAUCCAGGUCAAGAAGCUACCCUACUUGCCCGACCUUGGUUGGAACCAGCUCAGCAAAUAUACAAUCUUUGUUGAGGACAUCAUGGUCCGUGAUGUGAAGUUUGUUUCAGCUUCUUGCACAUACGGGGAGCUGCGAACCCUGCUCCAGACCACCACAGUCAAGACUUUACCACUGGUUGAUUCAAAAGAUUCAAUGAUCCUGCUGGGCUCCGUGGAGCGCUCCGAACUGCAGUCCCUCCUGCAGCGCCACCUGUGUCCUGAGCGCAGGCUGCGGGCAGCCCAGGACAUGGCUCGGAAGCUGUCAGAGCUGCCCUACGACGGGAAGGUGCGGCCGGCUGGGGACGGGCUGCCUGGCGGCACUCCUCGGGGCCGGCCAGAGUCCUUUCUGUUUGUGGAUGAGGAUGAAGAUGAGGAUGUGUCUGGCAAGACCGAGCUGCCUCCUCUUCUUCCUCCUCACCCCUUUCCUACUGCUCCAUUGACUCCCGAAGAGCCCAAUGGGCCCCUGCCCAACCACAAAGAACAGCUGGAAGCCCCAGAGCCUGCAGGCCAAAGACCCUCCAUCUUCCAGUCCCUACUGCGCUGCUUGCCUGGCAGAACUCGUCCCACAAAGAAGAAAACAAUUCAGGAUUCAACAGAUUUGGUGGAUAACAUGUUACCUGAAGAAAUCGAGGCCUGGGAGCAGGAGCAGCUGCGCCAGCCUGUCUGCUUCGACUACUGCUGUAUUGACCAGUCGCCCUUCCAGCUGGUGGAGCAGACGACCUUGCACAAGACGCACACACUGUUCUCGCUGCUUGGCCUGCACCUGGCCUACGUGACCAGCAUGGGGAAGCUCAGGGGCGUCCUGGCCUUGGAGGAGUUACAGAAGGCCAUCGAGGGGCAUACCAAGUCUGGUGUGCAGCUGCGUCCCCCGCUUGCCAGCUUCCGGAACACAACUACAACUCGAAAGAGUCCUGGGGGACCACCCCCUCCUGCAGAAGGCUGGAGCCUGCCCGAGGACGGGCCAGAGGCCACUGGCACAGAGGAUGAGGUUCCUGCCUCCCCAGAGACUCCCGUGCCAUCGCCCUCCCCAGAGCCUCCUCUCUCACUGGCCCCUGUGGAGGCGAAGGGUGAGCUGGAGGAGCUGGAGCUGGUGGGGACUCCGGGGCCAGAGGAGGAGCUGGCUGACAUCUUGCAGGGCCCCAGCCUGCGCUCCACAGACGAGGAGGAUGAGGACGAACUGGUACUCUGACCACUUCUUGGGCCUUCUCACCAAGGCUGCAGAGAGGCUUGCGUCUAAGGGUGAAUUCAUGUGGGGCAAGGUGUGUCCAGAGGUUGGAGAGGGCACCCCAAUAUCUUGGCCCCCUCCUGAAAUUUUUUAAUGCGAUAGUGAACGUCUUAAAGGAGUCAAGAAUUUGAGCAGGG